GUAUUAUUAAAAUUAUGCACGAUUAUAAGUAUCCAAAGAUUGAUGCUAAGCAUUUUCAUUAUCACAAUGAUGGCACUGGAAGGUUAAAUUAAUAUAAAUUUUUUAGGGAUCAAUAUGUAAAACAUGUAAAUGGUGGUUUAUUCUCUUAAAAGAUGCUAAAUUCACUUGAUUUGUCUCCAAAGGCUGAUUACACUAAGAUGAUAUUUCCUAAAACUGCAACAAAGUAAAUUAAAUCGUAAAUUAGUAGUUCUAGAAGCAGAGGAUUGCUUCCUCCUUAACAUUAAAGAAUUCAGCAUUAUUUUGGUGAUGGAAAAGGGAGAGAUUUUUUUGUAACGAUUAAUGAUGGUGGGUAAGUGCAAUUAAAAAGUUGGAAAGAUCAUCCAGAUGAGGCAUUUCCAGCCUAAUUACGAAAAUAUGGAAGAGAAUACUCUCAACCUGACUGUGUUAAGUACUUGAUGUCAAAUAAUACAAAAUUAUAAUAAUUGACAGAAACAAUGAGAUUGAGAUAGAGUGCAUUUACUAAACACAUUAGUGCCCCAAAGAAAUAAUCUAGUCCUUAAUUAUAGAGUUUUAUUCCAGAUUUGAAGGAAGGUGGGAAAUAUCAGACAUACCAAUAACUGAAGUACUAGAGUAAGGCAUGUUCUUUUGCAGAAUGAU